UAGCUGUUAACACUCGAUUCGAGAGAACGAGGGAUGCUACAUACAGCUUUUGCAUCGCCCUUACCACGGCCUUCGAGAAGGGCGCAGAGCUAGUAUUCGCACUCAUGGUCGCAGCAAAAGAGCGUCUCAAUGUCGGAAAGAACAUGCAGUAGUUUGCGAGACUAUGAAGCUUCGAUGCUCGGGCUACCUGCACAGGUCCCGUCAGUAGCUGGCCCUGCAUACCAAUUCUAGCCCUACAGCUUGGGCAGCUAUAUGGAGGGGUAAAGUCUCUACUAUCCUUCAAAAACAUACCUUGGUAUUCCAAUUGCACCUCUCCCAGUUCAAACAAUUGUUUUGUUGCACGACGCGUCCCCCUUCACUGCAGCAAUCGUUGCGUUCGCGUCCUGCGCUACGUCACCUCCCGCACGCAUCAUAAACCCGAGCCAUCACCCCGGCAGGGUCCUUAUCAGAUCCGAAGAUAGCCCACCAUCACAUCAUCGGCCUCGUAAAAGCAACGCGAUGGAUCCGCGUCACAAACUCACAAAAUCUCUUGACCAGCUAUUCGUCGACCCUUCGAACGCCGCGAUCAUGAGUGCACGCACAGACGACGAGGCGGCCCGUAAUGCAGCGAACUCGGGCGUUACGCCUGAGGCCAUCAAGCAGAAACUGGAGACAAAUCUUGGGGCAACGCAUGUGGAGAUUGAGGAUAUGAGUGGAGGAUGCGGGCAAAUGUUCGAAGCCAUCAUCGUCUCGCCACAAUUCACCAAGAAAACAACACUGGCAAGACAUCGUCUGGUGAACGCUGCGCUAAAAGAGGAGAUUGCCGCGAUACAUGCCUGGACGCCCAAGUGCCAUACGCCCGAAGAGUGGGAGAAGAAGAAGCCCCAAUGAGUCACGAAUUCAAACGAAUAGCAUCUGGGGCUCACGAGGUCAUGACCCAAUCACGAAUGUAGAGGAGCACGGAGAACGAAAUGAUGCAUGACGGCAAAGAGAAGGAGCUUCUCGACUGUUUCUGCUCGUAUUUGUGAGGCUGUCUAUAUAUAAAGUAUAAUGGGGUCUAGCUGAGCAAAACCCUAAUCUCUCCACCUGUGCGAGGAAAUAAGUCGCUGAGCCCCGGCUCGGCGUCUUCGUCAUCUUCGUCGUAGAGCAGAUCAUCAGCUGCGACAAU